UACAGCAGCUGUUGCUCAUAUGAUACUCAAACAAGUUGGCAUCCCCGGCAGUCAAAGUAAAAUUAUUUGUGUAGCCAGAACCUUGUAUAUUUAAUUUUUAGUUAUUGAAAACUGAAAGUUAUGGCUUUGGUGUCUCUAUUAUUUUUAUUUUUGCUUGAUAACGGAGUAGAAGGAAUACAACAGGAACUGGCUUCCUGAUGUUAUAUAUUAGAUUAAGCAGUAAAUAUAUUCGGUUCUGUAAAACUUUGAACGAGGAAUUGAGAAUUUGCGACUAGGAAGAAAUGGAGGACAACAAAGUGUCGUACAAUAUAAAACAACCGCUUGCUGGCAAUAUUGAUAUUGGACUUGUGAAAAUUGAGCAAAAUGAGAUGGCUGAUAUUAAUAUUGUAGAAAAAAUGGAAUUGCAGUGGGAGCACAACCAACAAACACAAAAUCGUCCGAAGCCAUUUCAUCGGGGGCAAAGAAUGGUCAACUGGCGCGAAGGAGAAGUCAACUAUUUAAUUGAUUUGGUUAAAAGCAAUUCCUAUGUUUGGAAUAGUUCUGUACCCGAUUUUAAGAAGAAGCAUAAGAAAGCAUUAUUUUGGGAACUUGCUGCAGACAAGAUAAAUAACGCUCUAAAUCCAAGGACACCGUUUACAAGAAAUGAUUGUUUCAAGAAAUGGAACAAUCUACGUACAUAUUUCCAAGCGGAAGUGAAGUCCGUUAAGAUAAAAAAUAACGGUGGCACCUCGGAUGGCGAUGAGAUUAGCGGCGGCUGGAAAUAUAGCUCGAAGAUGAGCUUUUUGAUUGGCACGCGCUUGCCUCAAAUAGCGGUAAAUGCGUUUAACAAUAACGAACAUUCGGUGUUCGAUACAACGACCAGCUUAUCCGAUUCCAAUGGCGAAUCGGAAAUGGAAGUUUCAAAUCAAGAACCUCAGGAAAAUGAUUGUAAGCAAUCGCAUGCCAAUGUGGAUGAACUACAUCAGUCGCCACCAGGCUCACCGCAAACAAAACGCAGGAAAAAUAAUGAGUUGGCAGAUGAAUCGGAGAAUACUGUGCCCCAAAGCGCACCGAACAAUGUGAAUGUGAAUAAAUUGCCUACGAACCCACUAGUCAGUCAACUUAAUAAAAGCGAAGAGUCGCGUUCGUAUUACUAUAGCAAAUAUGUUGGCCAAUGCUUGGAUAAGCUUGAUCCGGAUCUUAAUUUGGAGGCUAGAGAGAAGAUAAGCGAAAUAUUAUUCAAAUAUGAAAAAGUACAAUUGAAGCGAUCAUAGACUGAAAUACUUGUUAAAUAUAUAUACAUAUAAUUGUGUUAAGAUACAAUGUAAAUAAUUAAAAUGUCCUUAAUAUAUAAGUACACAAUAUGUAUGUAGUUAGUUCAUCAUUAAGAACAAAUAUGCGUGGCAACAUAUUUAAAAUUCGUUUAAGUACUUAUAGUAUAUAUUUAUAUGUUAUCAAUAGUAAUCACAAAUAUAUAGUUAUAUAUAAUCGGAGCAUUUGUAAGCAGAACGCUUUAUAGAGACUAUAGAAUAUUAGAAAAAAAAACCAUAGUCAUACUUUAUUAUUGAGAAUGUAAUGAAAAAUUAUUAGCAUGCAAGUAGACCAAACAAAUAAAGAAACUUAGCAUUCAA